AUGCGUUCUGCCUUGACCUUCGCCUGCGCAGUCGAUCCCCACCUGCCGGAGGUUCGGCAUGUGGAGGAGACAUUCAAGAGCAUGAUGCGGUUCCCUCGUAACAUCAAGCUGCAUGAUCUUCUCCAUGCAUCCGAGGCAGACCUGACGCAAGCUGAUCCCAAGCAGCUUGGUUUGGACCUUGCCACGGACGGCACACUGCCAUCUAUUCAGGACGAUGUGAGGUUCGGUGUCCGCGACGACACUGCUGAACGAGUCCUUUCGUUGCUGGGGAACAAGACUCAGCUCAAUUAUCGCAAAGGGGUCACCUACGCCAGAGUUGCAAUGGAAACCAUCGGACGCAGCGACUUCAUGCUCCCGACGCUGCUACAGACCCUGAUGGCGGAAGUCAGGUUCUUCAGGGGGGAGAAGGCAUUCUGCUCGCGUUCAAUACCGGAGCUGCUAGCGGCCCAGUCCCGUGACAGAGAAGCCUUGCUGGGGCGCUUUGACGUCAUAGCAGCCCCUGUGCGUGCAGACUAUAGUGACAAGUUCGUGCCCUUGACUAAAGCCACACCGGCCGUGCAGUUCUUUGGGAACGACCUGAAAGAGCCGAUCGGAGGUCCUGGAUGGUUCUGGAUUUUUCAUGCCGCAGCAAUCAACAUCGGAGAGAGUGAGGCAGCGGAUGAUUUCCCUGAGUACUCCGUGCCACCAGAUCCCUCCUACAGAGGGCGUCGUGGGCAUAAUCGCUGGCUAGAUGAGGAUCGCUAUGUCUCUGACAUGGGGCUUUUGUGGCAUCGCGUGUUACACGCUGCUAGCCACAUGGGAAUUGAGGAUAUGAUUCUCUUCCCGUUCGGAAUGGGAGCAUUUCUGCGAAAUUUGCACAAACUGGACAACAGAUAUUCUGAUGCUGCUGCCAUGCGAGGUCUGCGCUACAGAAUAGCAAGUGCUUUGUUCGAUGCAGCUGUGCUGCUGUGUCUGGAAGAUCAAGCAGAGACGGGACCGAAGGUCCAAAUGCGUCUGCACCUCUGUCUGGUCGACUGUUCGCUUGAGAGCCGCUCCAACCACAACGUAUUUAUCGAGGCAGCAGCAGCCAAGGUGGCGCAAAGCCCCGCUCUCGCUGCGGCUCUGCACUUCCACCGCAAUUGUGAUGCGCUGGAAUUGGCACGGCAGUUGGCAGAGAAGAUGCCUUUGUCUGGCCGGGCAGAGUUAGAUGUCGCGGUUCGUAAAGUCGGUCUCCUGAAUGGUGCCAACAACAAGCAGCUGGGAAAUCAUUGGUUCGGUCACGGGGCAAGGAGUGCUAUCGAUGAGAACCUGCACCGUCGAUCCGGCGCAAUGUGUGCAUCAUCUUUGCUAGUGAACUUGUCGACUGAGCCACGGUUUAGGAGUGCGGAGGAGCUUGCCACCCAUGUUCAUGCGACUGGUGGGAAAUGUAUCGACUUGUUACCAUUCCCCGUCAAGACGGGAAAGGCACGUUCAGGAAGUCGCAUCGUUGCCAAAGUGAGGGUGGUGCCUUACGGCAUUCUGGGUUCCCAGUUGUCUCAUGGCCAAUUGAGAGUGGCAGCAGCCGAACCGGGUGCGGGAGAGGUGGUCGUUGAUCCUGCUGGCCUGCCUUACAUAAGAAGUGGACCCUCCGGUGCUGGAGGCGCAUCAGGUCAGCUCUACAAAUGGAUCGGUAUAUCCAGCCACUUCCCGCAGAGCGUACAAGAUGCGAUCACGGAGUCAUUGCAAGCCAAGUUCUGUUCCUAUGACAAUGGCCAAAAAAAUGUCAUCCAUGUGGUCGGGCCCGAUUUUCGAUCGAGGAGAAGCAACAUCUGGGCAGAUGCAGUCGAUGAGUUAGCGAAGGCCUAUGCCUCGACUCUGAAGGAGUUCGCAGGCUGCGAGCUUCCGCGCCUGCGGCUGCUGCCCAUCUCCAGCUCCAUCUUCGCGGGGCCCUUCGAGAAGGACAUGCCGGAGAUGACCGUCCAGGCUGUGAGGAGCUGGUUCUGGGGAACGGCACCGGAGAGCAAAGCAUCUGCGUCGCCUUCCUUCGAUGCAGAUCUCCUGGAGCAUUGGCUUCACUUCAAGCACGUCGUGGAUCCUGUGAAGAGUGGUAUUGCUGACAUGCAGGUCUCUGCAUGGACACGCCCUCGCGAAGUGCCAAAGAUUGAGAACUUGACUCUUGCAGCCUAUCGUGAGGAGUAUGAGGGCCAGAUCCCCAUCGUCUGGCAAGGGGCAUACAAGAACGCGAGCUGCUUGGAAGACGGAUGGGUUGAGAAGGCUCUGAUGCGACCCUUCGGCAAAGAGCGCGUCGUCUUCGUGGGCUUCGGGAACAAAGAGGAGCGGGUCAUGUCCGCCAAGCUUGAGACGUUUUUGCGCCACAUCAACACGAACAGCCAGGAUGCAUGGUCUUACAUACAAGAUUCCUACUUUCUCCACAGACACCCUGAGCUCAUCGGCGAGUGCCCUCCAAUGCCUUUGGUGCUCCAAAACGAGGACCAGUUUGCUUUGAUGCCGGCAAAGCUCGUGCCGCACAAUGCGACCCUUCUCUGGGGAGGACGCUACUCCAGGUCAAAGCUUCAUGUUGACUUGUACAACUGGACCGGCACGAAUUUGGUCCUUCGUGGAGAGAAGUUUGUGCGACUGAUACCACCAGGAGGCCACGAUGAGAAGCUCAAGGUGGCAGUUCGAUCUUGUGGCUCUGCGAUGGAGUGUGUGAACUACGAAGCCGCAGUCGACCUGUUCGAGGGCGCACCGCAGGGUGUGCCGCUGUGGGAAACAAAGCUGGAAGCCGGAGACUUGCUGCUGAUUCCUUCUGGCUGGUGGCACCAGGCCGUGAACCUAGGGAAUACCCUGGCCAUUGCAAGCGGUUUGAUAACGCCGCGGAGUGGCUCCUGGUCCGCCGUAGCGGAGGUUGUCAGAUUCCACAGCAAGGUGCAUCCAAACUGGACAUGGGGCAGGCUGCCAUCACCUCCUACACCCAACGCAAAGCUCACAAAGGAAGAAGCAACGCGGAUUUUCCGCAGGUUUAUCAAUUCCCUGCCAGAAGGUGUGUUCAAGGCCGCAGACAAAUGGCGUGCUGAAGCAAAGAACCUCCAAAGAAGCCAUCGUCGAGAGGAGUUCUGA